UCAGUGUAUUUAAAUAGUGUUUUUCUUUCUGCUGCUGAAGGUAACUGGAUUGAAAGUGGUGAGGUUUUACUGAAAGUACUGAGGAGGACUUCUCUAAAUCACAUGCUGAUGCACUGAUACCCAGUUUAUCUAAAUACUUCAAUGUCAGUUGAUUAAAAGGACCCAUAACAUAUAUUUUGAUAAUUAUGUUCAUCUGAAGUUGUAAGUGAGUAAUUUUAUCCUUUUAAUUUCUUUCUGUGGAAUUGGUUAGUUUUUGUGUAGUAUGGCAUUCCAUAGGUUAUAUAGGAGGUUUGUUAUACUAUUAAGGGGGAACUAUACUGUUGUGUCAAUGUAUAUUUGUUUUGUUCCAAUUUUUAAGGCUCUCUGUCUGAUGGAAAAUCUUAUUAGAAAAGGCAUAUACAUUGCAUGUGUUUAUGAAAAUAAAGACUUCAUUACAAAAUAUAAAUUCUUGAGUUGCCGUUUUAUUGUGCAAUCCUGAUGCUAAAUCGUUUAGAUGAUUAGAACUUGUGAAAGCACAACAUCUAUGCAGUCAAGCGGACAAAGGCUUGAGACCCAUGUUCUAUGUGGUUAGGUUAGUCUUUAUGGUGAUAUCAUUAAUCAUUUAUGGCCUUACGUCCUACCUCCCUUCCCAUUUGGAUAAGGGGGGGGGGGUUGUGGUGUUUCUGUUAUCUAACGACACAGAAAACCACACUGCUGUGGUCCUCCUCAACAAUAAGAGGUUUCCUGGUGCCCUUUCCUGUCACCUACCAGUUAACCACAGCCUUUGUGUCCUUUGCAGUUAAUCCUCUUGCAAUGUUUUGUAACCUUUUUAUAUUUUUACAUCAUACUGUAGUCUUCCAUCAUAUACUGGUGCCUAUCAGUGAUCUUAGUGCCAAAUGAGAAAUCCUCAGCCUGAGCCCACUAAAGUCAAGUGAUGUAAGGCCAGGCUAAAUUACAUUCAAAUGAUGUAGGGUUGGGAUGAGCCUAAACGCCCCCAUGCUUAUCACGGGACACUACCCCUUGCAAUACAGAUAACGCAGGUCGAGCUCAAAAACAUGGGUGCAGGUCAGAGAUAAGAGACCGUUUACGCUGAGUUGUGAGUUCACUGGCUCCAUGUGGGUUUUCAGUUAUUAGGCCUACCCUAUUACCUGCGUAUGUCUGCCACGUGCCUCCUUUGUUCCUCACAAUAAGGAACUUCAAUUAUGCAUGUCGAAAAAAUAGCCCACUACAACUAAAUGCAGUUGUCACUUAGAGUUGUGUUGUGGCCCCCAGCUUUCUCCAAGGUUCCCUGUGGUUUGGGGGGACAUAUUGUUCCAAUGGAAGCAUGUUGUAACCUUACUCUAGUCCCGCCCACAGACAUGAGUGAAAAUAUUUUGUAUGCUCCACCUCUACAGUUGGGUUUGAGUAAAAAGUAAACAGCUUGGCAUGGACACUCGCUCACACCUUAUCUCCUGUGAUGCACGCACAACUGUGUUGCACUAUCCAUAGUAUCUCGGAGACAGACUGUCACGAAGCGAGAUGGAGAAAACAGACGUUUGGAGCUGGGUGCCUACCAGUUAUGCAGUACAACAGAACGCGUAGGCCGCUUUGUUCUCAGAGGAGACAAAAAGAUGACAAACGAUAACCUGAAUAAGCUGUUGGUAUUUUGUGUAUUAUUUUGCGCUCAGAAAACGUCCAUCGUGCAUGGUGCACAAGCUUUGGAAACUAAAGUGGCUCUGCUGCUCCACGCUGAGCCAGAGAAUCCAAAGUGCUUUGCUGAAGGGAUGUCAGACCUCACCUGCUUCUGGGAGGAGGAUGAGGAAAGGGCUGGCUCUGCUGACCAAUACUCAUUCAUAUACACAUACCAGAAUGAGAACAGCAGUGAGUGUUCCGUAACUGCCCUACCAGCAGCAGGUGGCAAGAGGCUGUAUUUUUGCAGGUUGUCCCAGACUCAAUUAUUUGUGCCCCUUGACAUCCGGGUGUUUCGGGACGACCUGCUGAUCCACAACCGCAGUCUCUUCAUUGAACUUGUCUUCCUGUUAGACCCGCCUGCCAAUCUGACAUUGACGAGUACAGGGAUGCAGGGGCAGCUGAAGGCCAGCUGGCUGCCUCCCUCUCUCAAGUACAUGGGUGACAGCAUGAUGUACGAGGUCAGCUACGCCAUGGCAGGGAGCCACAUUGGAAAGGUGGAGGAGGUGCAAGCCAGCUCUGAGCUCAUCUUGCGUGGUCUGCAGUCAGGCACUAAGUACAAGGUGCACAUUCGUGUCAAACUGGACGGCAUCAGCUACAGCGGCUACUGGAGCGCCUGGACUGACCCGGUACUGAUGGAAACAAUGCCUGGUGACUUGGACCCUCUCAUCGUGUCCCUGAGUCUCAUCAUCUCUCUCGUCCUCACCCUGCUGUCUCUCCUUGUGCUCAUGUCUCAUCGCAGGUUCCUGUUGAAGAAGAUCUGGCCAAUCAUUCCCACCCCUGAAAGCAAGUUCCAAGGCCUCUUUAAGGUUUAUGGCGGUGACUUUCAGGAGUGGUUGGGCCACAGCACUGGAGGCUUAUGGUUGAGGCCAACCUACUUCUACUCCGAGGAAUUCCCUGCACCACUAGAGGUGCUCUCAGAGGUUAGCCUUGGUCCCGCCUUACCCAGCUCCGCUUUGCCGCCCAAGGCCUCAGAGGCACUUGGUGAGGAGGAUGAAGACGAGAAGCUAAAGAGGGUGGAUUCUGCAUUGAUGGAGGGGUGGAGAGAAACCCCCCAGGAGCACUGGCCGAUGGACCAGCUCCGGGCUAUUCAUCAGCACCCUGCACCCUGGACCCAGUCUUCUCUACUUGAGUCCCAUGAUGCCUAUGUCACCCUCAAUGCUCAGAACCACAGUGGGGAGGAGCCUCUGGAUGACAUAUUGGAAGAAACCUUGCCCCUGCAGGUUCUCUUUGCCUCUGGAAGGACAUCCUCUGAAUCUCGAUCAGACUUGGGCUCCUUCCAACAGAGCUCAGGAUUGGGCCGCCUCUCGUCCCAGUCCAGUUUUGAGUACCCAAACCACACCUGGCCGCCCAAGGGCCCUGGGUACACCUACAUGGCAGUGGCCGACUCAGGCGUCUCCAUGGAUUACAGUCCGAUGAGCUCAAGUAAGAUCGAUGACAUUGGGAAGGGAGUUAUCUAUACCAAUGAGUACAAGAACGAGAUCCCUGCACACAGAAGACCCAUAGGUACGCCCAUCCACGUUGCAUUCUGAAUUAAGGCUAACAAGACUAUGAACUGAGGCUUAAAGGUCCAUUGAAGCUGAAAAACAGUUGGGAUGUUUGGCCAAGGCUUCUACAUGGACUCCAUCUUCUUGUCAGUGGAAUGUAAAAAGCCAGGGUGUAGGCUACUCUCUUAACUAUGAGAUAACAGACAAAGCAACAUUUAAGCUCAAAGGCUUUGGUGAGGAAAAGUCAAAGGUAUCCCUGGUAAGGAUUUCAUAAUACUUUUGGAUGUCACAAGCUCAUUCUCACAAUAUCCCUUCAAUCGGAAGGCAAAUGUUUGAGAAAUACAUGACCAACGGAAACACUCUAAAGUUGAUAUUAUACAACACAUGUAAUGUGUAUGUUCUAAGAUCAUUGGAUCUUGUAGGUCAAUUUAUAAGGUUAUUUUCUAUAUUUUUAUUGGAAUAACUAGAUAAUGUUGACACUUUCAUUGUAAAUAUUGUGUUUGUCUAUUGUGUAUUGUACAAGAGUAUCACUAAGAUGUAGCCAUGGUCUUAACAUGAAGCUCCUGCGAGAAUGAAGAGCUACUGUAGGAUGUGCAGGAAUGUGUUUAGGCAAUGUGUCACAUUUCAGUAUGAUGCUAUUGUACACCUCUUGCUUGCAAUGCUUAGAUCAACAAAGGUUGUAAAAGUCAUGAUGGUUCCAGUGUUUGAAUGUUUGUACAUUUGUCUAUCUAAUUGUCACCUCAUUGAAUCUUACAUAUUAUCAUGCAUUUUGAGAGGCCAUAAUUGUUGAAACUGUAAAUAAUUCAAAUGACAUUUUUUGGGAGGUUUAAAUAAACACCAGUUUGUUGAAAAUGUAGGUAAUUCCUCCCACCCAACAAACAAAAAUAGUGAUUUGGCUAAAUGUAUGAGUAGAUUGAAAAAACAUUGUCACAUUUUAAGUUGUUCCAUUGGUGAAAAAGAGUUGUUUACAUCAACACAUGUUAAUAUGACAAUUCAAUGUGGUAGGGCAAGCAUACUCAACUCUGACCCUACGAGGUCCGGAGCCUGCUGCUCUUCUGUUCUACCUGGUAAUUCAUUUCACACACCUGAAGUCACAGGUCUAAAUCGGUCCCUGACUAGAGGGGAACAAUGAAAACAUGCAGUUGAACUGGCUUUGAGGUCCAAAAUUGAGAUUGAGGGUGGUAGAGUAUCGCAAUAUAUUUUUCAUGGCAAAAUGGAAACAGAAAGCAGAUGAAACUCUUCGGUCCUUUAAAAACCUGCUGUAUGUAAAAUAUUGUGCGCAAUAGCUUGGGAAAUAAAUACAUGUGACUCUGGAUGACAGCAAAAUUAUUUGCUUUCAACAUUAGGGCUGUUUUCCUAAAGAAGUUAAAUCUAUUUCAUGUUUUGUUUCUUUGCCAAGAUAGUGGUAUCGUCCCGUUCCUUAGAAUGUGGACAGUAGUUGAGUAGCCUGGGCAUUGGGGAAAAGGGUAUUGGACGUCAUAACAAGUGAAGUUCACAACAAUUUCCUUAUACGAGUGACCUAGAUCUUAGCAUAAUGAGAUGAGGUUCUGAUUUGUCCAGAGAAGAUAAGGAGCACAAUCCCCUCACAGAACACAGUUAUAGAACAUAUCUUUUAAAAACAACCAAAGUGAACAUUUGUUUAGAAAAGGCUCCAAUCAAACAUGUUUAUUUUUUGUUUACUAACAUUUAGAAUAUUAACUAGUUCCUCAUUUUUCUAUCUUUAAACCCUUUAGUUUUCAGUUAUUUUCAGUGUUCAUUUCUAAACAAACUGGUGAAUGUUUCCUGACUUUUUCCUCACAUGUUAUGAUAAUACUGUGAUGAUUACCUAUACGAAACUUCUGACAAGCAUUUCUGUAACUCAGUAUCUCUUUAUGGUCAACAAAAAUGUCAUUAUAAUGCCUGAAACAUAACAAAUGUUAAUCAAUUCUGAAGCGCUUCCAUAUUAGAUAUCUUCAAUGUUUUUUUUUGUACUAAUAUGAUUUAAAAAUGUAUGGCAUUAAAGCAAAUGUUAUUGGUCACAUA